GUUUCACGUGGCAACAUCGCCCAGGUGAGGAUGCAGGAGAACUUGAUGAUUGAGAUGAUCAAGCUGGGAGUUCAGCUGGAUCAGCUCGCCCGGAACGACGGCGUGGAGUAUCCACCCACCCAGGCGAAGAUGACAGAGGUCUUUGGUCCCAACGCCGUGCUGCCGCAGAAGCAGAUGGCUCCUAUCGUGGCGCAAGGCUCUGACCCUUCCCUCAUGCAAGUGAUCGUCCCCGAAGGAUUCGGGCCCGGACAGAUGUUCCAAGUCCAAGGUCCCGGUGGAGGCAUGAUGCAAGUCCAGGUUCCACAAGGAGCCCUUCCCGGACAGGUGUUGCAGGUGGCGGCGCCAGUGGUUGUCGGUGCACCCGUACAGUCGUCCAUGCCGAGUGGCAAUAAG